AUGACUUAUGCGACGUUUUUCCCGACGCGUUGGCCUGCAUCUACGUAUGGGCCAGGUCUGCAUAACUAUGAGAUCCACACUGAACAGAGUUCGUGCGCGCAUGGCUGGAGCGCUGCAAGGGCUGCAUUGCAUCUUCAAACUCUUUACAGCCAUCUAUCCUCGGAUGGUGCGGAUGAUCGUUCUUUCAUUCAUUAUGAUGGCAACGUUUACAGCCUGGGUGAAGGGGUCCCGCUGCCGUGUUUUUUGGAUAGGAUUGAGGCCAAGUAUAGGGAUGUUACAGUAUUGACGAUAUGGUUCAACGAUAGGAGAGGCAUUGUCGAUGUAGACGUCCUCAAGGGGCAAUGCGCAGAGGCGCUUGUUCCUGGGAGUCAAAAUCGGGGGUUCGCGACUCAGUUCUCGUGGGCGUUUAGGUGGAUGUUUGCGAAGUGCCUACGAGGGAGGAUUGGUAGAGAAUAUGGUCGUUUGCUGUCGGAUUUGGAUUGA